UCUGGACAAGAAGUUACACCUGAACAAUAACACUGACAGAAAUUUUAUUAAAAAUACAUAUCGAAGCGGUAAAAUAAAAUAAUUAUUAUUUAGACCAAUCCGACCAUUUCUUAAUACCUUAUAGCCCUUUGUUUGCCCGCACAUUCUCUCUCUGUGCAAAUUCCCAGUGUUUGUGUGUAGCGCCGACUGUCGGGAUGCGUUGAGCGAAUACACGGACCGAAGGGCGCAACGGCUGUUAUGGAGAUUAUUUCAUUUCCCUCAAAAGCUUAUGAAAAGGACUUAAACGUGAUUAGACGGACAUGAAUUUGCAGACUGAGUUUAAAUGAAGCAACAGAACUUGUCCUCCUGGUCCAUAUAGGAAAAGUUAUCAAGAAUAUGGUCCGUCUUUGGCUGUCAUCUGCAUCUCUACAUUAUCCUAUUGGAUCUCGAGAUUGUUUGCAGCUCUCAUCAGGCACUUGGACAUCAGAACUGCAGGUGUGACUGAGUCGAAUGUCUAUUAUAGGAGACAGCAGAAGAUCCAAGCAGAAGCCACAGUCUUCGUGGUGUCAGAAGGGAAGACGUUGAGAGUCUUGACUUGGAAGGUAUGGCAGAGCAUGCAGAGCUGCUAGCGGAAAUGGCGACUAUCGGCCGUCUCUCAGCCACUGAGCGCCUGAAGCAGGCGCAGAAGAGACGGGCGCAGCAGCUGAAAGGCUGGGCUCAGAUGGAGAAGGACAGUGCCCGUGGUCACAAGGCCAAUCACAAGGGAGAUGGGGUUAAGAAAAGCAGAAGGGUGACCUUCCACACCAAUGUGACGUUACUGGAGGCUUCAGCCAGGAAUGACCUAGAGGAGGUACGAGAGUUGCUGAAUAAUGGAGUCAGUCCAGACCUGUACAACGAGGACGGGCUCACUGCGCUACAUCAGAGCUGCAUAGAUGAUUUUGUGGAUGUAGCUCGCUGUCUUUUGGACGCGGGUGCAAAUGUGAAUGCGUGUGACAGUGAGCUGUGGACCCCUUUACAUGCGGCGGCCACCUGUGGACACACUGACCUCGUCCAGCUGCUGAUAGAAUCGGGUGCAGAUCUGUUGGCGGUGAAUGCAGAUGGAAACAUGCCGUAUGAUCUGUGUGAGGACGAGGCUACGCUAGAGCUCAUAGAGAUGAUCAUGGCAGAGCAGGGGAUUACUCAGGAGAGAAUUGACGAAUGUCGUGGAGCCAAGGAGAAAGAGAUGCUGUCUGACCUUCGAGAGCUCAUAGCGAGCGGAGCUGAUCUGAAUGUGAAGGACGAGCAUGGGGCCGCUCUGCUGCAUAUAGCUGCUGCUAAUGGAUACAUGUCAGUGGGGGAGCUGUUGCUGGAGCACAGGAUGUCUCCUGACGACAAGGACGCUGACGGGUGGACACCUCUCCAUGCUGCCGCCUGCUGGGGACAGAUCCAGAUGGUGGAGUUACUGGUGGCUCAUGGUGCGAGUUUAAACGCCAAGUCUGAGCUAGACGAGACACCUCUGGAUGUGUGCACUGAUGAGGAGGUCCGGGCCAAAAUGACGGAGUUGAAACACAAGCAUGAUGCCAUCAUGAAGGGUCAGGAAAAACACAAGAACACAUUGCAGAGACGAGUGUCCAGCACGGGCAGCAGAGGUAAAGUAGUGAGGCGCAGCAGUGUAAACGAGCGCAGCAGUCUGUACCGCAGAGAGCAUCAGAAGGAAGCCAUGGUGUGGCAAGAGAGAGGAAAACAGUCAGAUGCCCUGGAUGAUGAUGAAGACCGACAGACUGAUGCAGAACUGAACCUGCACGCUGCACUGGUGUCUGGCACUAAUGCCAACCCUGUUCCUCCAUUAGAGGUUGUCGAGGUGGAAAAUGGAACUCAAGUUUUGGGGAACGGCAGCACAGCGUCAUUUUCUUCCUCACUUCCAGGAGAACUCCAGGGUGGGGGCCGCAGGGAUCGCAGCGCCUCCUAUCAGCUCACUCCAGCUUUGGAUGCUACUGGCGGGGACAGCAUGAGCAGAGAGAGAUCACACCACACGCUCGCAGAUCUUAAACGGCAGAGAGCUGCAGCUAAACUACAGAAACAUCCAGCACCUCCUUUACCCCUGUCUGCAGGCCCUCAGGGUGAGCUCAUCCCUGAAGGACCCCAAGGGCCGCUGGAAACCCCUGAAUCGGUACAACAGGAUGUGCCUCCCAAUGCAGUGUACUUUACCCAAGCUAGUGGAGAUCCACCUCUACUGAAGCUAAGAGCACCAGAAGAGGACACGGCUAACACAAAAGAGCCGUGCUGUGGACUCAUGUAGAAGCAGCAAAUGAACACGUGUUUGCUUUCAUAAGAUUGUGCAGUUAUGUACUAAACAGAUGAACGAAAAAUAUCAGGCAGGUACGUGGAAAUGAGUUUUAUGUCCGAGUCAAGCUUUCUCUCACAGUUGCACAUGAACUGAGUGAACUCACAUUUUCAACUCUAAUAUGAAUAACAGCACCUAGGAAUGAUGGACUACACAACUUCCUGAUUGAAUAACAUAUACAGUGCUGCUUGAAAGUUUGUGAACCCCUUGCAGAAUCUGUGAAAAUAAUAAGAGAUCAUACAAAAUGCAUGUUAUUUUUUAUUUAGUACUGUCCUGAGUAAGAUUUUUUACAUAAAAGAUGUUUACAUAUAAUUCACAAGACAAAAAACAUAGCUAAAUUUAUUAAAAUGACCCUGUUCAAAAGUUUGUGAACCAUUGAUUCUUAAUACUAUGUGUGGUUACCUGGAUGAUCUACGACUGUUUUUUUUGUUUUGUGAUGGUUGUUCAUGAGUCCCUUGUUUGUCCUGAGCAGUUAAACUGCCCAGCGUUUUUCAGAAAAAUCCUUCAGGUCCUGCAGAUUUUUCAGUUUUCCAGUUUUGCAUAUUUGAACCCUUUCCAGCAGUGACUGUAUGAUUUUGAGAUCCAUCUUUUCACAGUGAGGACAACUAGGGAACUCAAACACAACUAUUAAAAAAAGGUUCAAACAUUCACUGAUGAUUAAGAAAGAAACACGGUGCAUUAAGAGCCCGGGGGUGAAAACUUUUGAACAGGAUGAAGAUGUCCACAUUUUUCUUAUUGUUUAAAUAUCAAUUUUUUUCAUUUAGUACUG